AUGCGUCAUUCAAACUCGGAAUCCUACAAUCGCCUGCUUUUCCCCAAACGGCACGGAUACGCUCUCUAUAACCCUCGCCCCACGUCUGCCCGCAAGGGAGUUGGGGUUGAAAUUGGCGAUGUUGGUGUUGUCACUAAGGAUGGGCAAUUCGAUCCAUACUUCAACGUUUUGGACAACAAACUGAACAAGUCCUUGAAUGUCAAUAUUCCCCCACAGUUUCUAGUAAGCGUUACUUCCCAGGACUGGGCAACGGACGUCAGGGAUGUGAGAGACUUCUUCCCGCCGAAAACCACGCUGUAUUCGCUGGAAGAGCGCGCUAACAACGUGGGCGCGGGGCUAAGGUCAGAAAACUCGCGGCUAGGAAUCCCAGCUAACAUCGGCGCUGAUGUCCACAACAAGAGUCACACCAACUACAAAGCCAUCUUGGAGCUUCCCAAUGGCGGUUCAUCGUACGACUAUCGUGCCCUCGGAAAACUUGAAAAGCACGCAAUGGAAAACGCUCAGGACUGGUAUUCUUAUGUCAGCGACAAGCUUGGACGCAGUAUUGCAUACGGAGACCUCUACCUCGUCACUGGGGUUCAGAAAGCAGCAUCGUGGCGAAGGACAUUUGGUCGACAUUCAGAAACAGCCAGUGGUGUUCGUGCAAAUGCGGAAAUCUUGACUGGGGCUCUUGGAAUUGGUGGCGAACAGCAGCGCAAAACCGAGGAAAAUGACAGCGUAAAUUAUUAUCCUCACAGCGGCGAGCCUGUAGACGUGCCUAAGGAGGACCAGACUGUGUUUUUCUCAGGCUUCAAGAUUAUGGUCCGGAUCAACCUACAGGGGAGAGUCGUCGGUCGACUGCGAAAGAUAGAUGACGAUUACAAAGCUGUUCUCCCAAGAGCGACAUCGUGCUGGAGCCCGUUCGUGUCGUGCUGGAGCUCGCUCGCGCGCUUCUUCCAAUGGUGUCUGUGUUGCGGAAAGCGGUCAAAGGAAGUGGCUGUCGCCGCGCCUGUUGACUCCGAGCAACCACCAGUCAUACAUCCCAUUCUCAGCAAAACGCCAAAUGAAGAUCAUAUAUCGAAUGCAUUCAAUGCCUACAUCUUAAAAACGAAUGAAAAUGCCAAUGUGGCCAUGAUUCAUGAUGCCCUUUGGCCCGAACUGCUUGAGGACGGGGAAGAGAUGUCUGAUGAGGUGCUCUUUGAGCGCGCGGUGGAGAAGUUCAAGGUUGGUGAUCAGCGCGAUGGAAGGUUCUCCGUUCGGCUCAAGGAUGGUCCGAGUCUGGAACAACUGGUUGAGCAACAGAUUAGUGCAGAGGGCGAAAUUCCGGGUCAAACGCCGCAAAAGCCGAAUGUCGCUGCUACUAUUGAGAAUGAUGAUAGUCCCGAAGCCAAAGUGGGGGACCCACACUCACCCACUCCUCCCAACGAGGAUAGCAAUGACGAUCCGGCUUCUUUGGUUUCUCCACCAUCAAGUCACGAUGCCUCUCCACCCAACGAAGGAUCCCCCACGUCAGUUAGCAGUCCGGUAUCAGACGGACAGGAUGGUUUUGAUGCCAGCGAGAAGCUACCAGUUCCAUAUACUGGUGGACCCGAAAAUUCUCUGCUGCCUCCAUUCGACGUGGCGUCACAAACCAAUAUCUCUGCCGAGGCCACGAUAGUCGCCCCGACAGGCCCAGCCGAGUCCCCAUCUCCCGAGAAUCCUUGGGACCACUUCGUUCACAACCAUCAUAAUCGCCAGACGAGUAUGGAUGACGCGCCCUUGAACGCGCCACGGAAACCUGAUGAUGAGAUCAUGAGGUCUAAUGAUUAUACUACUUAG